AUGAAAGGCAGUCUGUUCGAAGAAAACGACUACGCCAAGCUGGGCAAGGCCCAGGAGCGUGAAGACGUCCCAAUCGAGACGCUCGAGUCCUCCGAGGGCUCAGAAACCGAAGACGAACAUCAAAUCAAGUACCGCACGUGCUCGUGGCAGCACACGACGGGCCUGAUGUUGUCCGAGUACAUCGUGCUUGCCAUCAUGUCUUUCCCUUGGUCCUACUCUGUGCUGGGGCUUGUGCCGGGUAUCAUUCUGACGAUUUUCGUCGCAACGACGGUGCUAUAUACGGGACUCACCAUCAUCGAAUACUGCGAAAGAUUCCCGCAUCUGAAAAACAUAUGCGAUAUCGGCCAGCACCUGUUCUGGGGCCACAGAUGGGCGUGGUACGCGACCGCGGUGUGCUUCUUGCUGAACAACACGCUCAUCCAGGGCCUGCACGUGCUCGUGGGCGCCAAGUACCUCAACACGAUUACGGACCAUUCCCAGUGCUCGGUGUCCUUCGGAGUGAUCGCCGCCUGCAUCUCGCUCGUGUUCUCGGUACCGCGCACGUUCUCGUCGCUGUCGAACGUGGGCUAUUUUUCUGCGUGCACCAUGUUCAUCGCGGUCGUGCUUGCGAUGAUCUUUGCGGGCGUCCAGUCGCACCCUUACGGGUACGACGGCACGCCUGUGACGUUUCGGGCGUUCCCGAAAAAGGACACUUCCUACAUCGACGCCAUGGGCGCCUUCUUGAACAUCGUGUACACGUUUGUGGGCCAAAUCACGUACCCGCAGUUUAUCUCCGAGAUGCAGAACCCACGUGACUUCCGCAAAGUGCUGUGGAUCGUCACCUCGAUCGAGGUGGUGAUUUUCACGCUUGCCGGUAGCAUCAUGUACGUCUACGUGGGCAACGAGUACGUGACCGCGCCGGCGUUCGGGUCGCUGACAAGGGCGUACAAGAUCAUCUCGUUCACGUUUGCCGUGCCCACCAUCGUUUUCGCCGGGGCUCUGUACUCGAACGUGUCUGCGCGGUUUCUGUUUUUCAACAUUUUCAAAAACUCGAAGCACAGACACUCGCACACGAUUACCGGCUGGGCAACCUGGGUCGGCUUGCUUGUCAUCACGUGGAUCUGCGCUUUUGUCAUCGCAGAGGUGAUUCCCUUUUUCUCUGACUUGUUGUCGCUGAUGUCGUCCCUCUUUGACUGCUGGUUCGGUUUCGUUUUUUGGGGGAUGGCCUUCUUCAAGAUCAAGCGGCUGGAACUCGGCAACGGCAAGAACUUCUACCGGAACCUGUCUCGCGUCGACAAAGUGCACUACUUUAUCUCAUGGUUUUUGAUAGCGACGGGCCUCUACAUCUUGGGUCCGGGGCUUUACGCUGUCAUCAAAAGCAUCAUUUUGAACUACGAGUCCGGCGCCUACGGCACCGUGUUCAGUUGCACCUCCAACGGUUUGUGA